GGAGCGAAAUAUGAGGGUUCAUAUUAUUUCCCUUUAGCGUUUCUGCGCGCUUUAGUUGCCGUUGCGCUUCAGUUUUGGCGGUAAAAUUCGCAUGGUUUUUUCGUCGAUUUGAACUGUGGUUUUGCUAAUCGAGUGUGUGAAAAAGCACCAAAACAGAAAUGGUAGUUGAAGCUAAAAUCAUCAAGCCUAUCGGCAAGGGCAUCGUUCACAGAAUCUGCGCCGGUCAAGUUAUCCUUGACCUCUCUUCCGCCGUCAAGGAACUUGUCGAAAACAGCUUGGACGCCGGCGCCACCAGCGUCGAAAUCUCCCUCAAAGACUUCGGCGAACAGUGGUUUCAGGUAAUCGACAACGGUUGCGGCAUUUCCCCCGACAAUUUCAAGUUUCUUGCGCUGAAGCAUCACACAUCGAAGUUAGCAGAAUUUCACGAUCUUCAGUCUCUCACCACUUUUGGCUUCCGAGGUGAGGCGCUGAGUUCGCUUUGCGCUUUGGGGGACUUGAGCGUUGAAACGAGAACGGUGAGCGAACCUGUUGCUACGCACUUGACUUUCAAUAAUUCAGGUGUUCUUGUGUCAGAAAGGAAAACUGCACGUCAAAUUGGAACCACUGUUAUGGUAAAAAAGUUGUUCUCCAGUUUGCCUGUUCGGAGCAAAGAGUUCAGUCGUAACAUCCGCAGGGAAUAUGGCAAACUGGUUUCUCUAUUGAAUGCCUAUGCGCUUAUAGCGAAAGGUGUUCGUUUUGUCUGCUCCAACACGACUGGUAAAAAUGUGAAAUCUGUGGUUCUUAAGACGCAAGGCAGUGGUUCACUUAAAGAUAACAUCAUAACAGUGCUUGGCAUGAACACUUUCAACUGCUUAGAGCCUGUAACGUUGUCUAUAUCUGAUUCUUGCAAGGUUGAAGGUUUUCUUUCCAAGUCUGGACAGGGUAAUGGGCGCAAUUUGGGAGAUAGACAGUAUUUUUUUGUUAAUGGUAGACCGGUGGAUAUGCCUAAAGUCAGCAAACUUGUUAAUGAAUUGUACAAGAGUGCAAACUCGAAACAGUAUCCCGUUGCUAUUUUGAAUUUUAUAGUUCCUACCAGAGCAUAUGAUGUCAAUGUGACUCCUGACAAGAGGAAAGUAUUUUUUUCUGAAGAAAAUGCCUUAUUGCAAGCUCUGAGAGAGGGAUUGCAACAAAUAUAUUGUGCUGGUAAAGUCUGUUACUCUGUUAAUGAAGUUAUGGUGCCUGCUCAAAAAGAAGAGUGUGUUGAGUUAAGUUCCUCUAGUGGGAAGUCUCCUAUUGUAAUGAAACUAUCAUCGUCAAAUGACAAUCAUCCUCAAGAAAAACAUUAUAGUGAAAGUAAUAAUGGUAGCAUUUCUCUAGAUGACCUUAAUAUGGAGUGUGACAAUGAUACUAUAUCUCAGGAUGAGCUUGAGAAGAAACAUAUUGCUGAUAUAAAAAGUGCUUCUAAAUCUAUUAAUGAGUAUCAGUACUCACAUGUUGAAGAAGGGUUAAUUUGUGAUAAAAAUGGAAGUUUAAUGAACCAGGAGUUCACACUCAGAGCGCAUAGCACUUCAAAGGUUGACAAUAAUGGAAGGCAGUCAGCACGUCCUGGUAGAAUUAUACAUGAUCACCAUACUAUUGUCUCAAAGACAAUUGAUAGUGGCAACACUUCUAGUAAAUAUUCAUUUAACCAUUCAAGACAUGUUCAGUCCACUCUUAACAACUUUGUUUCUGUAAAUAAAAGAAAUCGUGAUGGUGUAUUUAGAGCUUUAUCUGAAGUGCCUGUUCUUAGAAAUCAAGAUUCUCAUUGUCAAUUGAAAACUGCAAAUACUGAAACAAAGGAUCUGAUUACAAGAUCGUCACUUUGUUUUGACCAAAUUGAUAAACCUUCAAGUGCAAGUGAGAUUGAAUCUUUCAAACAGCCUGAUCCUGUUAACGUCUACCACAAAACUGAAAUUUCAGAUUCUUUUAAUGGUGACUCCUCUGAUAGAGAACCUGAAUCUAAUAUGGAAAUCUGUCUGAAGAAUUAUACACCUUUAGCCGAUACACCAUCAAUUACUCCUGGCAUUGAUAUGAUCACUACAGAUGUUUUGGCCUCAAUCCCUCCAGUACAUUCUUCACCUGCACUGUUAGAUUCUUCCAAGUCCUCUGGUCGUAAGAUAUGCUCUAACAUGCAAUUUUCUUUUCAAGAGCUUAAGAAAAGGAGAGAGAAGAGGCUUUCUCUGUUUCAAUCCAGUAAAUUUGGACGUGGAAAAGCUAAAGACAAGAGUCUCUAUUCGGCUGCAACUUUGGAGCUUUCACAAUCACAAACUGGAGAGGAAAAAGAAAGGGCCUUGGCAGCAGCAGCUACUGAACUUGAGAGAUUUUUUAAGAAGGAAGACUUCAGCAGAAUGAAGGUUAUUGGGCAGUUCAACCUUGGGUUUAUCAUUUGUAAAUUGGAUCAAGAUUUAUUCAUUGUGGAUCAGCAUGCUGCUGAUGAGAAGUUUAAUUUUGAGCGUCUAUCGCAAUCAACCAUCUUGAACCAACAACCCCUUCUGAGGCCAAUAACGUUGGAAUUAUCCCCUGAAGAAGAAAUAGUAGCAUCGAUGCACAUGGACAUAAUCAGGAAGAAUGGAUUUACUUUAGAAGAGGAUCCAAAUGCACAACCUGGAUGCCGUUUUAAAGUAAAGUCUGUUCCCUUCAGUAAGAACACUAUGUUUGGAAUUGAAGAUGUUAAGGAGCUGAUCUCUACACUGUGUGAUGGUGAUGGUCACAUGGAAUGUUCCAUUGUUGGUAGCUUUAAACUGGACUCCUCAGAUUCUAUAUGUCCAUCAAGAGUUCGUUCAAUGUUGGCAUCACGUGCAUGUCGAUCAUCAAUUAUGGUGGGUGAUGCACUUGGAAGAAAUGAAAUGCGGAAGAUACUUGACCAUAUGGCUGAACUCAAAUCCCCUUGGAAUUGUCCUCACGGCAGACCAACCAUGCGCCAUUUAGUCGACUUGACAAAGAUUCACAAGUCUGAACAUAAAAUGCAGAUGUAGUCAACAAUGGACUUUUAGCCUGAUCACCACUGUUAGAAGUUAAGGGAACUAUGUAACUUAUUUUGUACAAAUACCUGUAAAUAUUUGUUCUCAAAUGUUGAUGUAAAUUUAAUGUGCCUGGAUAUCUUGGGUGCGUGCAUACCCGACGCGCUGAACUUGUUUUUCAGCCAUCCUUCUUUACUUCGCUGAAAGUCUCAGCAAAAUGCUAUAGCUGCAUAACUUGAGCUUUCAUUCGACUAUAGUCUUAACGUCCUAGCAAGCACUAUGGUUACGAAUUAGGUUUAUUUUACUUGGGAUUGGGAAAGUUUGUAGCAACAUGUGGAGUGUAGUUGUUUCUGUAACAAAAAAAA